UCACCCAGUCCUUGACACUGACACCAGCAGUCGUGCCGCAGUCGUGGCGAGUGACGGACGCCACCACGAUGCCCCAUCACGCGUACACAGUGAAAGUUCGUUAAACUGCGAAAUGCUCUACGCAAUUGCCUUUAUUUUUGUGACGACGUGGACAUGCAGCGAAGCCCUGGGAUUCGACUACGCGUCGGCGUGCGCGCGGCCCAACCGCGUGAACCGCGCACGCGCCGUGCCCAGCCCGCCCUGUGACCUCACCAAGCAAAACUACUGCGUCACCCCUGGCGAGGGAUACCCUUGGAACGCUAUCAGGAGAUUCGUUAGGGAAAAUCAGGGUCUUAUGAGAAGAAUGUAUGGAGAGGAACGUCACAUAUCAAUAUUAAAGUCUGAACUAGAAAACUACAUAGAAGAUGACGAUGAGGAAGAAGAUGACAGAACUGCUGAAAUAGCCGAAGACAUAAUCAAAACCAAAAUGAUGUACACCAAAAUAAGUCACGGACGUGCCAUGAAAGAUCGCCCGCACUUCAGGCCCAUACAAAACGAGAAGAAUAAAAAAACUGAUAAUGAUACUUUAAAAGUGCGACCACUGGAGCCGGUGAGUAACGAAACUAAAGUGAACAGCAAUAGUGAUAACGGAACAGAAGUAAGCAAUGAGACGGUCAACGAUGACAACGGCAUAUCUUACAAGACGAAAUUAGAAAGUAUUGCAAACAUAGAAAUCAACAAUCUAGAUCCAGAUGUAAUUACCUUAGAAGCAGUUAUAAAACAGAGUAUUGAAACUAAUAGUAUCUACCCAAAAUCGACAGGUAAAGUAGAAGUUAUUGAUGAUAAAAACAGUACUCAAUCAGAUAAAAAUACAACAGAAAGUAUAGACAAUGUUAAUAUUACUGAAACAACCACAAGUGACUUCGAUGACAUUACAACAGAAUCAAGCAAAGAAGGAUGGAAGCCGAUGGGACUUGAUACGUCAACGUUACCUCCAACACUGCUAUUCUCUGAACAUGAGAAGAUUAAAGUUGAUAGAAUUGACACUAAGGUAAAUGACAAAAAAGAGGAAUUCCAUCCAAAGCCACUGCAACACCAAGACACAACGAGGCCAUCUUUUAUCAAGCUACGCGGAGCAAACGCGUGUGAGACGAAGGAGUCCCUGGAGGCGCCGUUCUGGGCAAACAGCACGAGGGGCGAGGUGCUGGCGCUGCUCAACUUGUAUCCAUACGAACAGUACAUACAUUUGGAGACGUGCGUGCAUGAGCGCAAACAAAUGUAUUGCAGGGAAGGAUGCAGAUGCGAGCAGCAGUACCGCCUCCACCGACUGCUAGCUUACGACCCUCACAAUGCUUGCCGCGGUAUAUUUGCCGACUGGUUCAGAUUCCCGGCGUGCUGCGUGUGCAAGUGCUACGACGUGCCCGUGGAGUUCCGCGCCAGAUCGCCCAGGAUCCUGCACCCGCAGUACGAUGAGGAGGUCAAGAGAGUCAUCUACGAGGAUGUGGCCAGAGACUGGUACUCCAUGUCAGUGGACGAUGACGAUUUCCUAUGAGGUGCAGUGGACAA